AUGCCACAUACCAACAAAACAGGUUCUUGUUGGGCCCCAAAGCCACGGAUCUUGGUCCAAAAGACCUCUAGGCCCAAGGCCUUUGCCUCACUGCUAAAUGCAUUAAGGUCUCCAAAGACAUCAUCACCAGAGUCAAGAUUGGUGAUUUUGAUAUUACUCAGUGUUGAUUUUGAAUCACUCUACAAUGACUCGAAGCACGAGGAUUCAGUCUAUUGCUCAGUCUCCGCGGCCACCACAUGUCUAGGAGAACAGUACCAGACUGUCAGAUGGAAGCCAGGACAGUGUGUAAUCAACGAGACAUUAAUCCACCACCAGCAGUUCAGCAAGGAUGCUACAAAUGCCUGCUGUUUUACCACCUUUCAGCUUGGAGACCGUUUCCCUAACAUCUGCCAGGGUAGGAGGUUACUCGCUGGUGGGAGGAUCUGGCACAGGGAUCACGCCAUAACUCAUGUCAUACUAACUAUCGGUAGCUCAUCCUGCAGUCGAGCUGUGCAACAGGCAUCCAUGACCUCUAGUGUCUCUGCCUUGUUCUUGAGUGGUCCUGAAUUGCAUCGAGCGUUUUGCAGUGCUAUAGGGUCCGUCAAGGCUCUUCCAAUAACUGCUGACAAACAUCUCCUUGGCCACAUUACCUGUAUCACUUUACCAGGUCCAGCAAUGCGGACUGUAGCACUGAUACCAGGAGUUCUGGGGUGGGGGGUCACCCUAACCGUGGACCUCAGCCCUCUCCCAGAGAAGAGGACUGUUCUCACUACUAUCAGCUCCCGACCCAUAGGGAUUGAUAAACAUCUUGUCACUAGCUCAAGCGCAGCCAGAUACCGCAUUGAAGGCACCCGGAACAAUGCGGAUAUCCCAAGAGGACGGCUGUCAGCCACAAAAGUAGACAAAGACCUGCCCGCUGUAGUCCUGGUAACGCUGCCUUGGAUGGCAAACAGUUCUGUAACAAGAACAACUACGGGUACUAUGUGGUACAAGGUGACUAUGACCGAUGCAGAGCUGGAGGGAGCGCCUAGUACCACGUUUGAUCGGCCCAUGACUUCUCUUAUGUGCGCAGGUCAUGCUCUUCAGGCAACAUGGGGAUUGUUUUGUCAUGUGGAUCAGCUGUGUCGCCUGUAUGACGUGGAAAUCGCUGGGAACUUCAGCGAAUCUACAGCGACUGGCUUGACUAUCUGCAUGACCCGGAUACCACCAGCCCAGAUCCCGGUCUACACUAACUCCCCCACGACUACCACUCCACCCUACACUGAGUCCACGACUGCAAUUUCUUCUUCGACCACCGACCCCAUCUCGAUCACCACCGCGGACACCACAACCUCAGCUUCCGUCUCAACCGCCGCCCCUUCCACAAAGGCCCCUCCUCGAUCCGUCGUGAGGAAGAAGGUUUUCCCGACGGUGGCCCUGAUCAGCGACCUCACCAGCGUAAACAUGAACGAUGUAUGCGAGAACGAAGACGGUUUCCUUCCUCCCUAUCUCUCCAAGGAGCAGCUCGACAUCCUGUUUAAUUCGCAGGAGUCCGUGGCAGCGUGGACGACCCUUGUGGGGAAAAGAUGCUUCGGGGGAGACUGGAUUUUGGUUUGGGCCGACGGAUCCAGAUUCAGGGAUGAUGUAACCGGAUACAAGGUGUCCGCAGGGUCGACGGUGUUCGGAACUCAGGGAAAUGACUCGCACCGGGUUUGUUUCGCUCUGGAAGGCCCCGAAUUCGUGGCUCAUUCUUGUGACGGGUCGACGCUCACGACUUCGAUGAACGUCGUGUGCCUCGAGCCCCCUAUCGUGUUCAAGUCGGUGAACGAAACGGACAACGCCAGCUAUGACAGUCAGGACGCGAUUUGCAGGAGCGAAGGCGGGAGACUCCUUCCUCGCCUCACCGGGGCCGUCCUCAAAGACCUUGAUUACUACUACGGAAAUAUAACAGCUUGGACGACAAUGACGGGGAAAGUGUGUCAGGGAACAGACUGGUGUCUGGUGUGGCCGGACGAAACGAGGCUCGAUAAUGAGACCCUGGAUCUUCCUUCGUCUCCAGGCCAAACGGUUUUCGCCAGCGCAUCGGUGAAUGUGAGCGAAGACCUGAUGGUGUGCUUCAGCGUUGAGAAUUCUCAGCUCCUUGUCGCCCAGCCGUGUGUGAAUUCUGGCAGCAUGAGUGUUCUGUGCUCUCGCGACCUAUCAACGUUCCUGUCAACGGCGAGGACCAUCAACGGAAGCUUUAGCAGCCAGGACGCCUUGUGUGCGGCCGAAGAGGGCCAAGCCGCGACCAGCUUCAACAUCGAUAACCUUCUAGAGCUGAAGUAUUACUACGGUUCUAUAAAAGCUUGGACAACGAUGGUGUAUGAAGUGAGUCGCGCAUUAAUCGGUUGGAGUCGCAAAGAGAAGUGGUACGACGGCAAGGGCGUUUCUGCUUCAAAAGUUGAUAUUCCUUUGAAUCCGAGCGAAGAAUAUAAAAUCGAGAAAACCUUCUGCUUCGUCUUCAAGAACACGUCCAUGCUCGUUACCCAGGAGUGCUUUGACAACACGACCCUCAUGAGCGCCCUCUGCCUCUUCGUGUGAGCGCUUUCUCACCUCAAGGGCUAGGCAAAAGGUGGUGGUGAAUAUUUAUGCCGUAUGGUGAUGUGAAAUUUAAGAUGGUGUAUGGCGAUUCUUAUGAUGUGUGGUUAUGGUGAUGUGAAAUUUAAUUUGGUUUAUGGUGGUUAUUAGGGCACAGGGCGACUAAAAUAAUGACUAUGAAGAUUAUUAGGGCAUAUGAUGGUUCCAUGGUUGUUGUGACAUAAUGACUCUGAUGACAUAUGAUGUUGCUUAGGGUAUAUGAGGGUUAUGAUGCAUAUGUUCCCCAUGAUGGCAUAUUUGGAUAAUGGUGACUUAUCUAAUGGUAUAAUUUUCAUGGUGGAAAGUGGCAAUUAUUAUGGCAGAUAAGGGAAUUAAGAAUGUAUUAAGACUAGCACUACAUCUGUGUUUUAGGUUUUUAUCUUGUCUCACUUUACAUCUCACCCUCCUAUCCUUAUUGCAUGUUUCAAGUCUCAACACAUAUAACAAAGGUUGACUUACCAUAAAUCUGCAGUUGAGUGUAGACGUGUAAUGCACUUAUUAGAUUGCGCUGCUUCUGUUUAAAAGCAAAAAGAAAAAACAAAACGAAAAAAAACGUAUGUUAACGUCUGUAAUGAAGAAAAAAAAAAGGAAAUUUCGAAUAAGGAUUUCCGAAUCUUUUUCAAGUGAAAUCAUAGGAUAUUUUUCAUCGUGGCAAAGGCAGAAUAGAGUUAAAUGAGAGCGAACCCUUUUAAUCUUCCGAUGAAUAUUUAAUCUAACUAGUCAAAUAUAUCUCUUGCACUGAGAAGUAAUUCAAUCUAAUUUCUACUUUUUUUUUUUUUUUUAACAUUUAUCUGGCAGUCUUAUUGAAAUGCAGAUCACUAUUUUCUCUACAUUUUACAUCUGUCAAUAUGCAUGCUAUAGACACUUUAUCGCUAUAAUUCCUUGUCAGUAUAAUGCUUUCAAAUAAGCCUUAAUAUUUACGCUGAUUAGUUUAUGUGUUCUGUAAUUACAUCAGUAUGUGAUUUUCAUGAAUAUA